AAUCGCGUUCGAUAUAGAACUUUUUAUUUUGAAAAAGGUCUUUUAUCGGGUAAUGCUUGUGAGGACUUUGAGUAGUAGGCACUCCGUGUCGGUUUGCUAGUGCAAGGACACGGUAAAAUCGAUAAUUCGUCCGCGAUGCCGACCGGGCUGUAGUAUAUUUGAGUCCGGAGACUGGCUAGGGUGGUUUGAAGCUGGUAAAACUCGACUGCUGUUCAUGUCAGCGAAGAAAGAAGAGGAUUAGACUUGCGUCAGUCGACGACAUGACUACGGAAACGGCGACGCCGAAUCAGCAGGCGGACGCCAGCACCGCAUUCCUGCGAGCAGCGCGCGCAGGUCACAUAGACAAAAUCAUCAGCCUUCUCGAGCAGGGGGUGGACAUCAAUGUCAGCAACGCUAAUGGUCUAAACGCAAUCCACCUCGCGUCCAAAGAUGGCCACGUCGAAGUGGUCCGGGAGCUGUUACAACGCGGAGCAGCUAUAGAUGCUGCAACCAAGAAGGGAAACACCGCCCUACACAUUGCUUCUCUCGCAGGGCAGGAAGCUGUGGUCAAACUACUCGUGCAAAAUGGAGCACAAGUAAACAUUCAGUCCCAAAAUGGCUUCACGCCACUGUAUAUGGCAGCACAGGAGAAUCACGAUGGCGUUGUCAAGUUUCUACUUUCCAAUGGCGCCAAUCAAAGUUUGGCUACAGAGGACGGGUUCACACCACUGGCAGUGGCGAUGCAGCAAGGACAUGAGAAGGUGGUCGCCGUACUUUUAGAAGCUGACACGCGUGGUCGAGUACGCCUGCCCGCUCUGCAUAUCGCAGCUAAGAAGGACGAUGUGAAAGCGGCUAACUUGUUGCUUGAGAAUGAACACAACCCUGACGUGACGUCAAAGUCUGGGUUCACACCGCUGCACAUUGCGGCCCACUACGGCAACGAGUCCGUGGCAAGAUUGCUGCUGGCUAAAGGUGCAGACGUGAACUGUGCCGCUAAACACAACAUCUGUCCUCUACACGUUGCUGCCAAAUGGGGGAAGGAGAACAUGGUUUCUCUCCUCUGCGACAACGGAGCCAAUGUUGAAGCGAGGACUCGUGAUGGUUUGACUCCGCUGCACUGCGCGGCGCGGUCUGGACACGAAAGAGUUGUAGAGUCUCUGUUAGACCGAGGAGCACCAAUCACUAGUAAGAGUAAGAACGGCCUCGCCCCCCUCCACAUGGCAGCACAGGGCGACCACUCCGAAGCAGCUAGAGUGCUUCUAUCGCGUAGGGCCCCGGUCGAUGACGUCACAGUGGACUACCUCACCGCCCUACACGUCGCUGCACACUGCGGCCAUGCUAAAGUCGCUAAGCUGCUUUUGGAUAGAAAUGCCGACGCCAACGCCCGCGCUCUUAACGGGUUCACACCGCUGCAUAUCGCCUGCAAGAAGAACAGGAUCAAGGUUGUGGAACUACUCUUGAAAUAUGGAGCAAGUAUUCAAGCAACUACGGAAUCAGGGCUGACACCACUCCACGUGGCUUCGUUCAUGGGUUGCAUGAAUAUCGUGAUCUACUUGCUGCAGCACGAAGCCAACCCUGACGUCCCUACGGUCAGAGGCGAAACGCCUUUGCAUUUAGCUGCUAGGGCUAAUCAGACUGACAUCAUCCGAAUCCUACUCCGCAACGGAGCGGCAGUUGAGGCCAAGGCCCGAGAAAAACAGACCCCUUUACACAUUGCUUCGCGUCUCGGCAAUGUAGACAUUGCUGUACUGCUGCUGCAACACGGCGCUGACGUCCGCGCGAUGACUGCUGAUCACUACAACGCGCUGCAUAUUGCCGCUAAGCAGCAUAAUCACGAUGUGGCAGCGGCAUUGAUAGAACACAAUGCACCACUAACUGCAACUACCAAGAAAGGAUUCACUGCAUUACAUCUUGCUGCUAAAUAUGGAAACUUGAAGGUGGCUAACCUACUUCUCGCCCAUGGAGCAUAUCCCGAUCAAGCGGGAAAGAAUGGGAUGACACCUCUACAUAUCGCCGCUCAGUAUGACCAACAGGCCGUUGCGAACACACUUCUCGAAAAGGGGGCAGAUGCUAAGGCGGUUGCCAAAAAUGGCCAUACACCGCUGCAUAUAGCAGCAAGGAAGAACCAAAUGGAGACUGCUGCUACACUGCUCGAGUAUGGAGCGCUGACCAACGCAGAGUCAAAGGCUGGUUUCACGCCAUUGCAUUUAGCUGCUCAACAGGGUCACACAGAAAUGUGCUCUCUGCUACUGGAACAUGGUGCAGAAGUCGAUCAACAGGCCAAAAAUGGUCUGGCAGCUUUACAUCUAUCUGCUCAGGAAGAUAGAGUACCUGUUGCCCAGUUACUGGUGAAGAAUGGAGCUGAGGUGGAUAUAUGCACCAAGGGUGGCUACACGCCCCUCCACAUCGCCAGUCACUACGGCCAAACUAACAUGGUGCGCUACUUGUUAGAUAACGACGCAUCAGUUAAGGCGCAAACUUCACAUGGCUAUACUGCACUCCACCACGCUGCUCAACAAGGACACAUCAAUAUUGUCAACAUACUUCUGGAACACAAGGCGGACGCUAAUGCUACUACUGUCAAUGGACAAACUCCACUGGACAUAGCCUCGAAACUCGGCUAUGUGACUGUAAUGGAAACUCUAAAGGAAGUAUCCGAACCCUCGCUAGCACCCGCAUCUCAAGAUAAGUACAAGGUGGUCGCUCCUGAGACCAUGCUCGAGACGUUCAUGUCUGAUUCCGAGGAGGAAGGAGGAGAAGACACAAUCCUCAAUGAUCAACCAUACCGGUAUCUGACAGCUGACGACAUGAAGUCACUCGGUGACGACUCUCUGCCUAUUGAUGUCACCAAGGACGAGCGCACUGAGUCUGCCAUGAGCCAUAAGAAUAUUAUGGAAAUAUCGCAAACUUCAGUCAACGGUAUACAGUACCAGCCUCAGCAAGAAGUAGUGGUGAAGAGCAUUAGCCGAUACAGCACUGCGCAAGCGCCAGAAGGCUACUGCUACAACGUCGACCCUACACAACCCAAGAAAAAACUCCAAUGGAAAAAUUUCCUGGUAUCGUUCUUGGUGGACGCGCGCGGUGGAGCGCUCCGUGGCUGCCGCGGAGGCGGGGUUCGCGUUAUCGUUCCUCCUUUAUCAGCUCAGCAGCCUACUAGGAUCACUUGCAGAUACUUGAAGCCCUCGCGUAUCAACCACAUGCCUCCACUGAUGGAAGGAGAGGCUCUUGCGUCAAGAGUUUUGGAAAUGGGCCCUGUCUCUGCAAAGUUCUUAGGGCCAGUUAUCCUAGAAGUACCACACUACGCUUCGCUUCGUGGGAAAGAGCGGGAGAUCGUGAUACUUCGAUCAGACAACGGAACCAGUUGGAGGGAGCAUAAUGCUGAUGCGACAGACGAUGUCGUCCAGGAUAUACUGAACGAGACCCUGGAGAUUGAAGAAACCAACGAAGAAGAGAGAGGAUGGGACGCGCCACGGGUGACUCGCAUCCUGACACACGACUUCCCGCAGUACUUCGCGGUGAUAUCACGCAUCCGCCAGGAGGUGCAUGCCAUAGGACCUGAAGGUGGCAUGGUAUCCAGCUCAGUGGUCCCUCAAGUCCAGGCAGUGUUCCCUCAAGGAGCCCUCACGAAGAAGAUCAAAGUCGGCCUCCAGGCUCAAAUUAUAGACUCAGAACUCACGGCUAAACUCUUAGGCCGCGGCGUAGCCGUAUCUCCAGUAGUUACUGUAGAACCUCGAAGAAGGAAAUUCCAUAAGGCGAUCACUCUUAGUAUGCCAGCUCCUCGUCCUCAUACUCAAGGAAUGACAAACCAGUACAGCACAUCGUCAGCACCAACUUUAAGGCUUCUGUGCUCCAUAUCAGGAGGAACCAAUCGGGCACAUUGGGAGGAUGUGACAGAAAACACUCCGUUGACGUUUGUUAACGAUUGUGUUUCUUUCACAACAACUGUGUCAGCGAGAUAUUGGCUUAUUGAUUGUCGCCAUGUGGAAGAUGCUACUAAAAUGGCUACUGAACUGUACAGGGAAGCCAUUCAUGUACCGUUUAUGGCACGUUUCGUAGUUUAUGCGAAACGAACAGAUGAAACUCAAGCCCAAUUACGAAUGUUCUGCGUCACUGAUGAUAAAGAGGAUAAAGCUCUGGAGAGGAUUGAGCGGUUCAUUCAAGUGGCCAAAAGUCGAGAUGUUGAGGUACAUGAAGGCAAAUCGGUGCACUUGGAGUUUGGUGGAAAUCUUGUGCCGGUGGCAAAGUCGGGUGAACAACUGUCAAUACCUUUCCGAGCAUUCAGAGAAAAUCGAAUGGCUUUCCCGGUUAUGAUAAAAACACAGGAUUUGGAACCGAUUUGCCGCUGCCAGUUUAUGAGGGAUCCGAAAGUUCCUAAGGGAGAGCCCUCUCCUACUCCGAUUGCUGUGCUGAAUAUAAUGGUACCAGAUGACUUGGCAGUAGAUAGAACUUCACCAUUACCAGCUGAUUUGAUACCCCGAAGAACAGAGGAGCAGGAGCUAGCUUGGAGACAGAGACUAAGUGAUCCUAGAUUGGAGGAUAUAUGUAACCUAUUAGGCAAAGACUGGGUCGCUUUGGCCUAUGAGUUAGGAGUGAGUGUUGCGACUGUUAAUCAAAUACAAGCGAAACGUAUCACUGCAGCUGAGCAGGCUCAGCUUAUGCUUAAACUCUGGAAGACUCAAUCAGGAACUAAAGCACAGGAUAACUCAAUAGAGCUCGCAUUAUGCCGUAUUGGAAGGGACGAUAUAAUAGCUCCUCAAUCAGAACUGACUAAUGAGCGUCGGAUACAGCGAAAUAUUUACCAGGAAAGACAAGCGUCAGAAGAAAUUGAAGCAUAUAAAGCAGAAGAAGAUAAUAAGCUUAAAGAGAGCAUUUACGAUGAUGAUGAGAUUACAGAGCGUGUACGCUCUGAAGAUUUAGAUCAAGACGAAGCCAAGUAUUCACCAGAGGAAAAAUCUAUAGUAGACAAAAGCGACAUGGAUCGAACCCCUACACCAAGCGAGGAAAGCGAAGAUGAUGAAGAUGUCAAACGUAGCGUGGCUGAAAGGAAGGAACAAAUAACGAAAAAACUUAGCUCGAGUAAAAUUCCUUCGUCAAAACAAAAGAAAGAACUUAGAGAAGAGAUAAUAGAAAUCAAGACUCAAAUAAAGCCAGACAUUAAGAAAUUUCAAGAUAUCGAGCAGCAGGCUAAAGCUGAAACAAAAUUAGAGCAAAAAAUGCGUUUUAAAACAUCACCGGAUGGCAUUGAAGCUAAGACUGAUAAACUAGUAUCAAUACAUAAGGAGCAAGUGGUCGAAUUAAGUAAAGAAGAAAUAAAGCAAGAACGAACUGUUGAUCAGUUUAGAAAAUUUGACCCUGCCUCACCUGCUAAACCAACACCUAAGCAUUUGCAACGUCAUAUGCGCAACGAAUCAAUGAGAUUCCCAUCCGGUGAUUUCUCGAAUGUAACAAUUACGCCAAGAAAAUCAAUAACUACCGAAACGGCGGAAAUUAGAAAAAGCAUCGAUACUAAAAUAGAAACUUUUACAAAGGAAUCUAUUUCACAAAAAGAAAUCGACAGUGCUAGAGUUGAAGAAAAGUUGGAUGAUGGCGACAAAUCGCCUGAUUUGGUUACAGAUGAAGAGAAAGACGUAGCUGAAGCUACUUUAAAGGACAAAAUUAAUGCAUUUGAAAUUAAAAUAUCGAAAGAACCCCCUAUGGAUACCUCAAAAACCGUUAAACUAACUAAAGAAGCUUUGAAAAGGCAUACGCAAGAGCAAGACCAUGGAUUGGAAUAUACUCAAGCAUUUGUUCGAGACCAAGCCAAACAGCUAUCAAAUUUAGAGAGUCAAAAAAUUAUAAUUGAAACGGAAAAGCACACUACAACUGUUAAAUCUGUAAAAGAAACAAUUCAAAGGUUUGACACAAAAAUAAAAAAUGAAGAUCAGUAUAAACAAUUUCCUAAAACAGUGAGAACAGACUCAACUCUUGUACAAGUUUCAUCUGAGGAAGAUAGCGAGUUCUUAAAGAAAUCAACUGACUCAGAGACAGAAACUGAGUCGCAAACUACUGUUAAAGUUGAAAAAGAUAAAAAAUUCAAAUUUGAAUCGUACAAAGACACUUUCGAGAGGGUGGCUGAUUUGAAGGAAACUUUGGAUACUAAAAAGAGAGGUAGUGAGAAGGACAAAAAGACUGAUGAUGAUGACGACAGAAAGGAUGAUGACAGAGUUAGUAUAAUUAAAGAACUUGAAAUUGAGAAAUUAUUGACUGAUGAAAAAUUAAAAGAUGAAGAAAUUGCCAACAUAAUAGAAGAAAAAGAUGUUUCUUUGGAAGAACAAACUAAAGAAAGGGUUGAAGCUCAACAAUCUAUAGCUAGCACAAAGUCAGAUUUAAGCAAACAUACCAAGACGGAUUCUGUUGGUUCUGACAUACAAGAUACUCAAGGAAGAAAAGUCUCUCAAGAAUCUCCGUUACCAUCUGGCAUUGACAAAACUGAUUCUUUAGCUGAUUUGCAACAAAGCACCGAAAGAGAUGUUAGUUAUGUCUCUCAAACAGAAUCCAAGAUUUAUUCGAAAGACUCUAAACAUAGAAGUGAUUCGCUAGAUGAAGCUUCACAGUUUUCAGACUUAGACGAUCAAAUAGGUAUGAGUCCUGCACACAAGCCACCAUCCGAAAGACCAUUUAAAGAAGGAAGAAUAAUUGAAUCGGAGGAACAAAUAAGUAUCAUAGAAACUAGCAGAGAUCAAACAAUUGAAUUUUUGAAAUAUGAAACUGAACAUAGUGCGCAAAUCCAUACAACCAUUCUGACGCCGAAAGAUACUGAACAGGUACUCACCAAGGAAUCACCUGUUAUAAGUGCUAAAGCAAGACAAUUUAUAGAAACUGUUCCCGAAGAUGACUCUGUCCAAGAAUGUUUCUUUUCUAAACGUAUUUACUCGGAUUCUUUAGAGGACUCUGAUCACACAGAUUCCAGACGUCACUCAGAAGCAGACUCUUUAAAAUCAGAUCAAUCUGAUAUUAAAGCAAAAAUAUCAUCAUCUGAAUUUGAUGAAAGAGCAGAGUAUGAAGGAACAGCUGACUCUGGCAGUGGCUUUGGUGAUGAAAAAUUUGAGGAAAGUAUUGGUUUUACUUCAAUUAAAAUUGACUCAAAAGUUUUGGAAUCACAAAAGCAAGAUUCAGAUUCAGCUUCAACACAAUUAGACGAACCUGAAGAAUCAGACGUUGUUUUUAAGAAAAUGGCACCUAAACGCCAUUCCCGUUCUGAAUCAGUAUCGAUAUCGAAACUAAGUGAUUUAAAAGACAUAAAUAUGCCUGUGGCCAAACAAGAAUUUCAAAUGAUUGUGACGGAAGCAGAAGACAUUGAAAAAUCAUUUGAGAAGGAUGAGCCAUCGGAUAAGAUUUCAUCUGAAAGCAGCAGAGAAAUUGAAAUGUCUGAAAGGAAAUCUUCGGAUGGAAUAUCUGACAGAAUAAGCUCGGAAGAUGCGGUUACUGAUAAAAAGACUUCUUCGGAAGAAGAGCCCAUUAAAGAUGAUAAUUUAAUGCAACAUAAAGAAAAACCUAAAGAAAUCACAAAAUCUGUUCCUGAUACAUUCAAAGAUAUUGAAAAAGUUGAUGUCACUUCGCUCAAAGGAGAUUAUGUAGCCAUAGCCGAGGAAGCUAAGCGUCAAUCCGUUACUUCUAUGGGAUCGGGUUCCGUAAGUGAAUUGCGGCUAGAGGAAAAACGACUUUCUGAUGCACACAGCAUUACUGAAUCUAGGGACUACACCUUUGAAGAAUCCGAAGACGACAUAGGAAUGCAUGGAACACACAUAAAUGUUAAAGAAACGCCUGGAAGUAGGCAAGAAUCUGAAACCAAAAUUAAAGCGUCUGAAAAACCAGCAGAUCUUUUAAAAUUGGCUAAAUUGACUCAUGGGGAUUCAUUAGAUGACGUUGAAGGUUUUCCCGAAGACCAUGUUGCCGAAUACGUUCACAAACUACCACAUAUAGAAGAAACUAGCUUAAUUCCAGACAAACAAAUAACAAACCGAUUUUUAUGUCGAGAACGGGAAGAGCAGAUAAGACGUGAAGCGGACUUUUGUGAAAAUAAAUUACUUAUUGAACAAAUAGACACGACUACAAAAGUCAAAACUGAGGAUGAUAAAAUAAAACUGAUUCAACAAGAAAGUGACGAUGUUUCAUCAUCUAUUAAAUCUAAAGAAAUGUCUUCUUCUGAACCCUUAGAAUCAAUUACAAUAACGGCGAAGCCAGAAAUAAACGUAUCAGAUGAUAAAAAAGUAGUUACAGAGCAUAAAAAAGGAACAGCAGGUGAAGAAAUAACUAUAACAACAAUCACUGAAGUUUCAGGAGGAUCUACAGGAGUUGAAAUUGAAAAAAUUACGGUAACUGAAUCCACUAAAUAUCCAUCCGGUAAAGAAGUGGUCUCCGUUAAAGUAUCAGAAAAUAUUAAAUCUCAUAAAAUAGAUGACGUUUUAGAAGAAUCUCUUAGUAUUAUUGAAGGAGUACCAACUGUAAAUGGAGAAUCUGAAAAACUAAUAUUCCCUGUAUCUAAAACUACAUUUGAUGAAAAAUCUGAUAAAGAAGAGUUUGCUUCAUUGACAGAAUCUGUAAAAGUUGAAAGUGAACACAUAGAAAUGUCUAUCAAAUCUAUUAAAGCAACUGCACCUGCGCCCGAUAACAUAUCCUCACUUGAGAAAGAAACGAUCGAAACAAAACCAGAAAAAGUCGUUACAUUAGAAGAUAAAUAUUUAGCAGGUAAAGAAUCUGUACGCAUGAAACAAUCUGAAACUUCAACUUCUCAUGCAAAAGAAAUAGCACCUACCAUUUUGACAGAGCCAGGUGAUGAAAGUGACGAAAAAGUAUCAGUUCUGAAAGACACAAUUGAAGAAGUUGGCAAAAAAACAACGUCAAAAGAGAAAACGGACACAGAGUUUUUCCUAGAAUCAAAAACGGAUGAUACUGAAUUGGGUGAAAAACCUGUUUAUGAGAAAGAACUAGAAGGUGUUUCAUGUCACAACGAUGAAAUGAUACCGGAGAUAGAAAAAACUAUGAUCUUUCAGGAUAAGCAAAUAUCUACAGCUACUGAGAGUAAAAUAGGAGAGUCGGGAGAAGAAAUCACUUUAAGUACUGUUACUGAAAAUUUAGAGAGUUUUUCUGGUCAAGACAAUGUUAGAACUACAGUAACUGAAACUGCAAAAUAUCGUUCUGGAGAAGAAAUUGUGUCAACACAUAUUUCAGAAUCUAUUAAGACCCACAAAACACCAAAAAUCGAACACCAAGAUAGUUGUGGUGAUAAAGCAAAUACAACUUCGAGUUCUUCUAUGACACCCGGAUUUCAAAGAGAAAUUAGUGAGAUACCUGCUGAAGAUGAAAAAGUAUCAACCACAACAGAUACGAUAGUAGGUUCAUCAGGUGAAGAAAUAACUACGAUGACUAAGACUGUUACGAAAAUACUGCCAACUGGAGAGGAAGCCGUGAAAACUUCCGUUACUAUUACAACUAAAUAUCCCUCUGGACAACAAACCGUUACAACAAAAGUAUCAGAAUGUAUUCGAUCCCAUAAAGAAGUCGUGUUUGCUACCGCAGCUUCUGAAACCUCAUGUCUUGAUAAUAAAGAUAAAAUAACAAGUAUAUCAUUAAAAUCGGAUGAUAUAACUGAUGAAAAAGAUACCAUAAUUGAUACCAAAGAAGAAACGCAGAUAGGUUCUGCAGGUGAGAACAUAACAACAACCACUGUUACUAAGAAAACUAAAAUUCCAAUGGGAGAAAAGAUCGAAACAACUGUUACUGAAGUAACAAAGCUACCCUCAGGAGAAGGACAUAUAUCAACAAAAGUAUCAGAGUCCAUAAAGACAGUUGAGCAAGACAGUAAAGUUACUGCUGUAAAACAAUCGAAGGAGUUUACUGAACAAAAAACGGAAUUUCAAACUAUAUCCGAACCAGAUAAGACGGAAGCUUCACAGAAAAUUACCUUUAUAGAAAGUGCAGUUGAUUCUAUAAGUAAAAUAUCAGAUUCUGUGUCAAAAGAUUUUAGUCAUAAGGAUAUAACUAUAGAACAAGUGAAACCUGUAAUAGAUGACAUAUUACAAAAAGGAACCAUAGUUGUCACAGCACGAAGUCCUGUUCUUGACAAAGAUAUCAAAAUUAUCGGUAAAGAAAUACUUGAAACUGAAAAAAGGUCUUAUGAUGCCAAAGUACCCCAAAAAGAAGAGCGAAGACAUUCGUGUAUUAGUCCGGCCAUAUCUCUUGAAAGGAUUGCAGAAUCUGAAGUUGAAAUGGAAGAUGAAGGAGAGAAAUUAGUUGUUGAUAUCUCGCAAACUGCUAAGGAAGAUGAUUUAAAAACUGAAAUGAAAAAAUCUGAUUCAGCUAUGAAGCAAAUGGCUGAUAAUAUAGAAAUAAUUAUUAAACAGGCAUCUGAAGAUUUAGAUAUAUCAUCUGAUGAGCCUGGAUUUGAAGAAAAAGCAGAAGAGCAAUUACAAGGCCAAGUUUCAGUUGACUCUAUUAUAGAAGAAGCUGUUCAAACUGUUGAAGGCUACUUAGAUGAAGCAGCAGGCAAAGAUCCUGUAGACACUAUAUUAGACCAGAAAGAAGUUGUCAUGUCUGAAGACAAAAGUAUUCCCAAAGAGAGGCCAGGUUUAAUCAAGUCGCUCUCUAGAGAUAGUGGCGAAAUAAUAAUAAUGCCAAAGAAAAAACAACCAAGAACAUUUUCAGUUCAAAGUUCACCUGAUGAAGUAGAAGAACAAAUUUAUACAGAUUCGGAAUCAGACAUGGAUAAAGCAAAAGUAUUGGAAAUCAUUGAACCCACAUCAGACAUUGAUGGAAAACUUCCCGCUUCUAGUUUUGAUAUAAAGAAAAUUCGUACUGAUUCACUCGAUGACGCUGACGACUUUCCUGAAAAAGAGGCUGAAUACUUUGAGGAUGGAGAAAAAUACGACGAUGCUGAAGCUUAUGGUGUGACUGCUUUUAAGGACAAAGGUCAGCAAGAUGAAUCUGCGCAAUGCUCUAGUGCUCAGCAAGACGAUGAUGGCAAGUUUACUGAUAAGUUUGAAAAGAAAACUCACUUUGUUGAAGGUAUCCUACGGUCUGACCUAGUAUCAAAAUCUACAACCGAAUCAUCAGUUACAACAGUUAUCUCAACUUUAACUAAAUCCUCAGAUGAGGACCAAAAAUCCGUUUUAGAAGAUGCAACUUCAGCAGAUUUAUCUAGAAUAAGUGGAGCAGAUUUAGUGAAAGAUCCUUCAAAAACCUCUAUAGAUACGAAAGAUGAAUCCAGAAUUGAGGAUCAGUUGGAAGAUCGAGGUACCCCAGAUUUAUCCAAGAAAUCUGUUGAUUUAACCAAAGACUACUCCAAAUCAUCAAUAGAUAGUAAGGACACUUCACGAGACUUUGCUACUAAUGAGCUCUCUAAAGAUUCUACUGUAGAUCUCACUAAAGACUAUUCAAAAGCUUCAAUAGACAGUAUUAAGGAAUCUUCGAGGUCAAUCGACGAAAAAACAUUCUCUGAAGAGCAAUCGUCUUUUGACUUCUCUAAAACACUUGCAUCAGAUGCGUCGGAUGGUAUCAGCAAAUGUAAAGAAUAUAUCGAAGAAGAACAUUCAACAUCUAAAGUUAUUCAUAUUUCAACUAGUUCUUCGCAAGAAACCUCAAUUAUGACUGAAAGUAAAUUAUUUAGUGAGCCCGAAGAAAAAUCAUUCGAUAAAACGAAAUUAUCCGAUAAGACAGAAAUAGAAAAAGAUUUACUUGAGGAUUUAUUGGAAGUCCAUGAUCAGGCAAAAGCCACUGAUGGAUCAAUGGAUACAAAAAUGACAGUUGAAGCUAUGGAUUCAGAAGUUAAGAAAAAGCUUACAUUUGAUGAUAAACAAGAAUAUAUUGAUGAAAAAGAUGAUGAGACAGAUGUACCUGAUAUAUCAGAACUUAAUAGAAGAUGCUCAAACUUACUAGAAGAUAUUUCUGCUCAAGGCGCUCUUAUAAGGAUCGAUAAGAGUCACGUAGUUCAAGAUAUUUCCUCAAAGUUCUCAAAGACGCCGCCACCAUCCCCUGUAGAUUUAAUAAUGAAAGAGAGGGUGAAAACAGAUGAAAGUACUUUUGAUAAACAUACUGGGCUACAACCUAAAAGUUCAGAAUCGUCAUUUUUGGAUGCAAGCCGUCAAUCUCCUAGAGCGUCGUCAGCUGGUGAUAGCUUAAUCAGUGAAACUGAAGCGCAUCAAAGUGAAUUAUUAAUAGAAGAUUCUGAGGCACCGAUUGGUAGGUCCAAAUCACCAACAAAACAUUUAGCUGAUAAUAUGUCGUUUGUAAAUGUCGAUAAACCUACAAUAACAACCGGUGCCAUUGAUUUAGUAGAUCGGACGAUUGAAAAAAGUAUCGACGUUAUUGACCAAAUUAAAAAAGAGAUUGAAGAAGAAAUGCACAAAUCAACUUCAUCAGACACGUUUUAUUCGGAAUCAAGAAUUGAAACUUCUACAUCAUCUUCAUCUAUUCAUAAGACUGUUGAGGGAACUCAGCUAAAGUUUCAGAGUAUUGAUCCAGAAGCAGUUAUGUCUGACAUGAUUUCGAAGUUUGGAUCAACAGUUGAAUAUAGCACUGUACUUUCCCAUAAAGAGACAGAAACGAGGAAGAUUUCGGGACAAGAAUUCUUCUCAGAAACAAAACAAGUGUCAUCAUCAGACGAUGAUUCACUUAUAAUUAAGACUGAAACCAGUCAUGAAUUGCGAGGUCAAGAGCACGAAGUAAAAGAAAAAAUGACAGUUAAAAGAGAUGGGGAACAAACAGAAACAUCUCAAAAGAAAAUGGAAAAAGCUCACGAAGCGACGGCUAAAAGGUCCGAUAAAGAAACUAAAACGGUAAUUAAAAGUACUGAUGAUGCAGAUAUAGUUACUGUGGACCGGGAAUUUUCUGAGCAAGGUCUUUAUACUGGAAGACAAACAAAAUCAGAAGAGAGAAUGACUGCUCUAAGAGAUGAAACUGUCAAGAAAAAACAUGAAGUUAAAAUUUCAGAAAGGGACCUUUCUCACGAGCAAUGGGGAAAGGAAUAUUUUACACAGCCAGGAGAACUAGAAGAUAUAAAAGAGGAUGAGGAUUCAAAAUCCAGAAUUGCAUUUAUAGAAACCAAUCUUAAAAUAGUAGAGACAGAUGAGAUUGUAUCUAGUGUUGAAGUUUCUGAAAAAGGUCACGUUAUAAGUUCAAAAGUCGAACACCAUAAAGAAGAAUCUGUAAUUGAAAGCAAAGAGCACGAUGAUCUUAGUUCAGAUGCUUCUCAUAUACCAAGCUUUAAGAGUGAAGCAACAGAUAAAAAAGAUUCAUCAGAAUUAAGUCCUAAAAGUAAAUCAAAAUCAUUUAAGAAAAACGACGAGGUAUAUGAGGUAGAUUUUAUAAAAGAAAUAAAGAUAUCAACCUCACCAGUAAAAAGUACAUUUAGUCGUACUGGUAGUCAAGAUACACACUCCGAGUCUGAAGUUGUGCCAGAAUUGCCUCACGAUGACAAGACAAGUGAAACACCAAAGAAAGAUAUAGUCUUGAAAUCUCCAGUAAAAUUACUUUCCAGCGAAGAUUUAAUAUUAGAAGUUUCAGUCACUCGAGAUGGUUCUAGCAUUGAUGAUAGUUUGGCAUAUUUAACUAAACCCGAAUUGACGUAUGCUGUAUCCUCAAGUAAUGUCACAAAAAGUAUAGAAACUGACAUUAUUGAAACUAAGAGUGCAAUUAUUGAAACUAGCAUAAAAACUACAAAAUUUGACAUGUCACCAAGUACUUUAGAAAUAUCAGAUGAUAUAAGUACUACGUCAAAGGACGCGAUGAUAAAAUCUGGUGAAAGUAUUGACACUGAAUGUAUGGUCAAAUCCCUAGAAUACCAUGAAGGUGAGGUUUUACAGAAGUCAAUGGAUUCAACAGUUAGUGCUGAAACACUCCAUGCAUCUGAAUUUUCAACUGAAGCUGAUUCAGCUUUUUUAACGGGCACAGAUCAUAAAAAAGAAGAAAUUAAAUUAAUGAAGGAAAAAAGCACAGAAGAUAUUUGCAGUAGUGGUUAUGACACAGAUUUUUCUUCUGCUGAGUUUCAUGGAAUUAAACUUGAAUCUGAUAGGGUACCUUUAGACUCUUUUAUAUCAACCCAACCCCUUGCUGACUUAUCAGUUUUAGAAAAAACUAUUGAUGAAGUAAAGCAAUCUUUAGAGGCAGCACAAGUUGAAAUAAUUAGUGAAAAAAGUGAUGGGAGUAUUAAAUAUAAGCAAUCCCCAUCUGAAUUUCAGUUUAAAAUCCUAAUUAGCCCUGAAAGACCUGAAGUCAUUAAAGAAGAACCUCAUCAUGCUGAUAUUAUAAUGGAAAAAAUGGCGACUAAUCUAGUUAAAACUUCUACGCACGACGAAAAAGAUGAAAGUCAAAAAUCAGACAGUUUGUCACAAAAGAUUAGUUCUCAAGAAGAAAUCACGUUAUCAGAUGAAGAAAAGGAUACGAUUCAUCUAAAAGAACCCAGUCCACCACUAGAGGGAGACAUAUCUAUUAGGUCAGAUAGUGGACCCCAUUCAAUAUUAGAUACAGAGAGCGAAGGCUUAUCUGAUCGAAAUGAUUCAUCGAAAGGUAGCCCGGAAGUUAAAUUAAGAGCGUCUAAACAUAUUAAAUCACAAUUAGGAGUCACAGAAAGGCGUUCGGCAUCUGAAAUAGAAAAUUGGUCUAGUUCAGGUGAAAGCCACUAUCAUAGUUUUGAACACUCUGAAAGUAGACCAUUAUCUUCUGAUGUCGAAGUUAUGAUGACGGCACAAAGUGGUACUGAAUACGAAACAGCUCUUACUAGCCACGACAUAUCUUCUCAAUCUCUUAGAACGUCUAAAGAUUAUUAUACUGCUGGUAGCUCUUUAGCGUCAAGAGAAAGUAUGAGAAGUCUUGAUUCAGAUGGUUCUAGUCAUGUAGCUAGCAUAGAUAUUUCAGAUGCCUCUGAAACACUUGUACCAUCGGCUAACGAAUUAAAAGAAGAGCUAAUGGAAAGUAGUACUUAUGUUGAACAAUUUCUUCAUGAACAAGAGAAAGUGCCAGUAUCUAAAGUGAAGGAAAUAAGUGACGAAGAGAUUUCUGGAGAAGACGAGGAAAUCAAAACUGAUAAUGUUGAACCAUUAGGUAAAAUGAAAAGAUCGCAUGAAAUGCGAUUUCAACCCAAAGAUAUGAUUCCCGAGCAUUUUCCUCUUGCAGGCACCUCGGAAAGCAUUGAGUUUGAUGACGAUUCAUUGAAAGAUAAAGAAGGAUCAGAUACAACCAUUUCUAGUCAACUAAAAACGGAUGAAAUUUUAUCAUCGUCUAUUUCGAAACUAGAAAUGUCGUCAUCACAGUCUCAGAUAGAUUUAGACAAGGAAGAAAUACAAGAAACCAUAAAUAAAUCUUCAGUAGAAAGUGACCACGCUGUACCUUUUUCCGUUGCUAAAAUUGAAAAGUCACGAAGAGAAUUUGUGGAUGUAGAAAGUGAAAUCAUUCCUGUAGGCUCCGAGGAGUAUGAGGAAAUCCAGAAAUUUGGCAGCAUAUCUACCGUAGCGGUUAAAUCCUGUCAAAAUGAUGCUAUUUUUAUAAAAACUGUUGCAAAAGUAGAUGAAAGUCUUCCAAUGAGACCUACUGGUCAACCAACUCAAAAAGAAGAAAGUAAAGAAGAAGAAUUUGUUAAAAAAGUUAUUCAGGAAAUAAGUACUAUUCCUUUCCCUAUUACGGAAAAACUACCAAGUCAGAGGGAAUUAGUUGACGUGGAAGAUGAUAUUAUACCUGUGGGGUCAAAACAGUAUGAAGAAAUAUUAAAAUCAAAGAGUGACUCUUCUGUGCCUAUGACUAAAAUCGAGAAAUCUGGUUCCAAGACACCCGACAAUCAACUAGAAAGUAAGCAAAGUUCUACUUCAAGUUUAAGAACUCACGAACAUCUUUCUACACCGCAAACACCUUUGUCAGCACCCAGUCAGAGUUCUUUGUCAACUGAAAAUGGACGAGAAUAUGUUCUUGAUGAUAUGUACGAUAUUUCGGAAACACCAGAAUUAAAAUCUGAUCUAGUUACUGAAAGUAGUAGAUCAGAACUGGUUAUUACUACUGAGGAAAAAGCUUUGUGUACAUACGAAAAGGAACAAGACUCGCCAACCAGUGAUGAAUUUGAAAUGGUUGACAAACCUUGUGAAAUGGAUGACUUUGUUGUAAUAGAAGAAGUUGCUAAAGAAGCUCAGGAAACUGAUCCUGAAGGCAAAAGUGUGCAAAUAAAAGCACAAACAUAUGUGAAACGACAUGAUACUGAGAUAGAAGAAUAUUUAUCAAAAACAACUAAAAAGCAAGAGAGCUCGAGCAGUGCUUCGGGAUCUUUAUCUGACGAAGAACUUCUACAAAGUGAAUUAGAACAAAAAAAAUUACAAGCCCAAGAAUUAGCUGAAAUUGAAGCAGGUAAACGAUGGAUACAGAUGCAAUUUGAAGGAGAUCCUCGGUACGAUUAUGAAAGAAUUCCUUUAGAAGAUAUUAAAGAAGAAGAAAUGACAGAUUUCGAUGCAAGUCGAAUAGGAAGUUUAAGUUCACAAAAGGAAUCUAUUGGAAGUUACGGAAGCUUUAGAAACUCUUACGGAAGCCUUUCUGAAUCAGAAAUGGCUUCACGUAUGAGAUUUAGGUUAAAAGGAGAAAAUGAUGAUAUAUCUAUAAGCUCGUUACAGGAAUUUGAAAAUUUAGAAAGAGCCCUAAUGGAACAAUAUCAACAACAUUCUUCAUCAUCUCAAGACUCACUAAAUGGAUCAUUACCUCGUCGAUAUAUUCUUAGUAAAAGUCAAGGUGAUGACAUUUCCAUUUCAAGUUUAAAAGAAUUUGAAGGGCUUGAGUCAGCCUGCUUAGAAGCGUUAAAAGCAGAGUUACUUGCAAAGCAAAAAGAAGCUUUGCUACUCGCUGAUCCAAAAGUGGUUAGUGGUAGUUUUCUAGAGCAAGAAAAGCGCUCUUAUGAUGAUAGCAGUAGUAGCAGCCCUCCAUUUAAGAGUGGUAGUCCAGGACAAAAAAAUGGAAGUCCGUCCCAAAAAAGUGGCAGCCCUUCGCAGAAAGGUGGAAGUCCAUCUCAAAAAGUUGGGAGCUAUGGUAGUCCUUCACAGAAACUCUUAGCGGAUUCAGCAGCAAUUAGGAAACUUAUCGAUCAGCAGCUAGCAUUAGAACAAAGAAUGCAGGAAGCUCGACCAAAAAUUGUCACUGUAAAGAAAUUUGAUGAUAGGGGUGCAUUUUUUGUUCCUGAACCUGAACCGGGAAAACCAGAAACGAAAUCAACUGAAUUGACAGAAGAGUGCGUAAAAGCUGCUUCAUUUGUUUGUGCUGCUGCACCAAGCGAUGGUUCCGCUGAGUCCAUACCAGGAGAUUGUGAAGAAAUGAUGAAAAUUUUAGAUCAAGAAGAAAAUACUAAGAAGCAAGAAGAAAAAACUAUAGCCCAGACUGAGGGAGGAGUGAUAGAGAUUGUGCGAACACAAACUGUUAUCCAGCAAAAAUUCGUAGAUGGUAAAAAAGUUUCCGAAACAAUAACUAGCAUGGAUAGUGAAGGAGGCGUAGAUAUACCAAGUAGACCUAAGCAGUAUGAUGACAUUUGCAUGUCCAUAGGUUCUGAAAUGUCAUCAUCUUUAGCCUCACAACCUUCAGAAAUCGAUAGUUUAAUGACAGUAUUGGAAAGGCAUCCAUCUGAUAGUGAAGUAGUGACAUUUUCAAAGCACACUAUAAUUACGUCUUCAGAAAGAUUUGAAGAUAAACCAGAAGAUUUGGACCUUUCAAGAGAAGGAAGCGCAGUUCGUGAACUAUCGCCCUCCUCUGGGAGGUCGGUAGCUCACAGCAUUUCCGGCAAAUAUUUCACAGAUCCAGCCAGCGGUUCUUGGAGCGGUCAAGAUGAAGAACUGAGUUCAUCCGGAAGUUUUAGCAGAGCUCGCGCCGAUCUGAUGUUAGGUAGUACGGACAGUCUGGAAGCUACCAGUUCAAAUGCAACCAGAGCAACAUACAACUAUGAAGUUGAUACGCCAAUGACUGGAAGUCUUACUUCAGGAGCGCGCCCUCCAGGCUCGAACACCAUGGUCUCCUCACUUGAUACCCUGGAUCCAGUCACUGCAGUUCAGAUGGAAAGUCUUGAACAUCAAUCUACGAGUGAACACCACUCACAGGAAUAUGAGGUCCAUGAACCGGAUUCUGAUACGGAAAAACUGGAAUUAGACGGUCGAGCUCCCCGUGCUAAAGAACGUACUAUUAUGUUUGAUAGUACAGAUACACUAAGCGCAGUCAGUGGUGAUGGGUCCGUUAGGGAAGCAACCGUUGAAGCACCAGCUGCUACAUUUUACAUCGGAGAUACGCCCAUUCUUAGAGGAGACCGACCAGAAGAAGAAGAAGAUGAUAGUCAACCAGUACUAUCAGGCAGUUGUCCGGCAUCACUUCCACCGGCUACACAAUCGUCCCCACCCAUUCCAGCCCAGAGAAGGUCCCUCUCAAUGAUUCCUAAACCAUUGCAGUCAAGCCUCAACGGCACAAAGAAGUAAACUCAAGAAACAACUAGACCAAUGUUUUGUUUUUUUUCUAUUAUUGUUUUGUCACGAUUAUUCAAACGUCAGCUUCGGCUUAGCGAAUAUUGCACUGUUUGCUAACUCUGGUUGUGGAAACAUUCCUAUGUACAAAAACAAUGACUUUCUUGAAAAAAAGAAAUGAAAUUUCUAUGAAUUUUUUGAUAACUGUUGACUAGUUUAGUAUUUAGCAAACUGUUAACAACUGUUAUCUGUCUUAGUGUACUACAGAAUAACGAGAAAUGGAGCAGAUUCGAUUACUCAAAUCCUAAACUGGGCUGACUAAUGAAAAAGUAAGAAAAAUAUAACAUCCUGCUGAAAAUAAGAAAUAGAAUUUAAUUGAAUUCUGUCAAUUCAGUUUAGAUUUUUAACCGUAUUUGUACCUCGUUCUCUAAAUCUUACCCUACAAGACUAAAAAAGAAAACUUAAUCAUAAUCUUUUUAUCAUUACUAUAAUGUUACCUAAACAUGAUUGAGACACAUAGAACAGACAAAAGGCACUCCAUUUAAACUUUAUCAGUCAAAUAAAAUGUGUGGAGUAAAUCAUAAUCCAGAAAAUGGAUAUAUCUUUAGGCAUACAAAAUAUAAGUAUUGUGCAGAAUUUUGGAUGUAUUUUGGUACUAAAUUUUGUACUGUUCCGUCGGAUAUUCGACAUCGGUCCAUGUUACUUGACCUAUAAGCCUCUAUAGAUAGCGCUUAGCUUGUUAGUCUUGAAAAUAAUCGCUUAUUCAAUGAUGUUAACACUGUAGAGAAUAUCAACUAUUUUAUAAGAGUUAAUGUAAGUUAAGUCCUUACUGAUCAUUGAUUUGAUAAUUGAAUGGUUUUGAAAACAGAAUUGGAUGAUAGAACAAUAGUACUAUCCUACAAACUUAACGUGCAAACGCAAGACAAUUUUAUAUCCGAAAAAGUUUUGCCUCCAACGUGAUAAGAGAACUUCUGAUAAUAUCGCAGAGACAUUAAGAAACUCUUUCAAAAAACAUUGUAUCUUAGUUUAUAAAGUAACGCAAUGUCUCCUUCUUUCGAAUGUCAAAUUGCUGUUAACAGAAAGAGAGAAGACACAGUACACGUAAUCCCCAGAUAAACAACAACUUUCAAAUGUAACAUCGCAUUUUACGUGCUGUCCCGAUUACAAUGUUAUGAAAAUUAUUAGACCAUCAAAGGAUAAUUAGGAAAAUCUAAUUAUUGAAUGAACUGGGAAACAGAACAGAAACAUCAAGUCUGUCUUAAAUUUUUAAGAAGGCAUUUUGCCCUGCCCUGCGUGAGAUAAGAGCAAGAAACAGAAGAUAGGCAUAGAACCACUUGAAAUAAGAAGGAUAUAAUUGUGUUUAAACCUAUUCUUUACCUUAUCUUUUUUCUCUACGCUAUUACAUUUAUAACUAAGAAAGUUUGGAUCUUUGUUAAACGCCACGAUUAAGUGAACCGAUUUAGCUUCGGUUGGAAUUAGCUUAAACACUGAAUUAAAUCAUAAC